AUGAUGCACUUCCAGAGUCAACCAAUCAUUUCACAUCCUACCGUUGGGGAAAACGUCAUGUCCACAGACAAUCUUCAAGAUGUGAAAAGCGUGUCUAUUGACGACAUUUGGUCUCAAAAUGCCUCAGUCCCCGAAAGUGUAGAGGCCUGCGUCCAUGGUCUUAUCAAGCGCACAGUUUGGGACUUUCCCAAUCGCCAAGCUGUGUGUUCUUGGGAUGGCGACUUGACAUAUCAACAACUAGACAAUAUUUCUAGCACAUUAGCUCAUCAUCUUGUCGACAUUGGCCUCAAAGUCGGAAAUCAUGUUCUCUUGUCCCUUGAAAAAUCGUUGCUUGCACCCAUUGCAAUCAUGGCCGUGAUGAAGGCCGGCGGAGUGUCUAUUGCCGUUGACGGCUCCUUUCCUCAACUAGGAGGCCCGGAGUCUUUGAAACAACUCUGUACCUCUUUUUGUAUCUCUUCAGCAGCAAACCAUCCAGCAUUGACAGAUUCAGGUGUGCAGGACAUCCUAAUUCUGGAUCACCAAUUUCUAUUGGAGCUUUCAACCAGGCCGAGAUCUUCACAGUUGCCUAAAGUGACUCCUUCAGAUGGCCUCUUUUCAACUUUGGACGCAACAUCGAAGAAUUUUUCUGCAACGGGUACUGUUACCCACAGCCAAUUCAGUAGUGCCAUUGUAUAUCAACAAAGGGCGCUUGGAUUCGGCAAACACACUCGUACCCUUGAUUAUAUAUCAUAUACAUCCCCUGUGGCCUGGUGUUACUUUCUACACACAUUAUCCUCUGGGGGCUGCCUCUGCAUGCCCUCACCUCAUCGCGAUUCUGGCAUCGUACUGCCCAAGUCAGCACCUGGCAAUGCCAACUGCGCAUUUGUUACGCCGGAUUGGGCUCAUGAUCUAAACUACGAGGAUAUAUCAACUCUAGUUCAAGUCAACUGUUUCAGCGAAGAGACUAGCUUGUCGGAGCUCAGCCUAGGAGAAACUGAGCUGACAGUCUUUAGUGCAUAUGGAUGUGCCAAGCUGGCUUCGGUCAUCCCUAUCGCAAAGACAAUUAUCCCCUAUAAUGGGGAAGAUCAAGCUCUUUCUAGCGAUUCAGGCGUCUUCGAUGGAGACUGGAGAGUCAGUUCAAUUAAAGCCUCCAUGCAAUCAUUGGCAUCAGAUGAGUCAAAUAUGGAUGAGACCACAUUCUCCCAACGAGUAUAUGGACUGUGCCUAUGGAUAAUUGACAUGGACGAUCCAACGUCACUUGCGCCAAUAGGAAAAGUUGGUGAACUGUGGAUCGAAGGGCCUUUAUUAGGUCAAGGUGGUGUUGAUAAAGAUCAGUCUUUUGUGGAAAACCCUCCCUGGCUGGUAAAUGGUACUGAGAACCAUCCAGGCCGCAAUGGAUUAUUGUUGAGAACCGGUUCCCUAGCCAAAUACAGGCAAGAUGGGACCAUCCAGCUAUUAGGAAAAGGUCUAGGAGGUGAAACUUGCGUUGUCAGUGCUGACUUGAGCGCCUCUGAGCUUGACCUGAGACGGUCUAUUUUGAGAGGCCAUGGCCAAGAUUCGGAGCUCUAUAUACAGCAUGAUGAGGCUUCCCAAGAUGAAGUUGAAUCCACAAUGCAAAAUAUCUGGGCCGCGAUAUUGCCCGUCGAUCCGGCGAUGAUUAGCAGGGAUAGUCACUUUUUCAGAAUGGGGGGCGAUAUGGUUCAGGCCAUGUUGCUUUGCAAAGCUGUCGCAUCUUCUGGCAUGUGCAUCAACACAAGAGACAUCUAUAAACACCCCUUCCUGAAGAAUAUAUCAGAGGUUUGCCGUCGACAUCGCUCGAAGAAUAGAGGAGAACCUAGACCGGCUCUCCUGUCUGCCGUCGAAAGCCGAGAAGCACGCUCCCAGGUUUCUCGACUAUGCAAUAUUGAAGAAUCUAGAGUAUUGGAUAUUCUUCCCUGUACGCCUUUACAAGAAGGACUACUGGCUCUGACCGUAAAACAUCCUGGUGAUUACGUUGCAAGAAAUGUUUUCAAAAUCGGCAAAAAUGUGGAACUCGUUAAGCUGAAAACGGCAUGGGAUUAUGUUGUUAUGAUGAACACAAUUCUACGCACACGCAUAGUCAGCCUUCCUGAUAAUGCACUUGUUCAGGCAGUUUUAGCUGAAGAAACGCACUGGGUGGAAAGUCUGGCGGAAGAAGACUCAGUGAUGAGCUUGGGAACACCUCUCACCCGAUUCUCCCUUCUUCCAGAGAAUGCUGAAGGUGAUCUUUUUCUAUUAUGGGAAAUCCACCACGCUCUAUACGACGGAUGGUCAAUGAAUUUGCUACUCCAAGAUGUGCAAGAUGUCUAUUACGGAAAUGAGAUUCAGGACUUGGAGUCCAUAGAUGCAUUUCUUGAUUACGUCACUACUAUGGAUAAGAACUCUCGGGACGAAUUUUGGAGAAGCCAGUUUGCCGGCAUCCAAGGCUGUCAUUUCCCAACUCCCAAGAACACAGAUAACCCAAGACCUGAUCAGAAGCUCGAAGUGUCUGUAUCAGAUCUAGACUGGUUCAACAGCGACUUUACUUCGUCAACUAUACUCCGUGCGGCUUGGUGUAUUGUGUCUGCGCACAACACGAAUUCAGACGAAGCCCUGUUCGGCGUCACCGUGACGGGUAGGCAAGCUCCAGUUUCAGGAAUCGAAAGGAUAACCGGUCCUACGAUUGCAACCGUUCCUCUACGCAUCGUUCUAGACUGGGACAAAGACGUGGAGUCAAUAUUGCAUCGUGUACAGCAACAGUCCGUUGACAUGAUCCCAUUUGAGCAAACUGGCUUACAGCAUAUCCGUCGCCUGGGAGAAGAGCCCAGUCUAGCCUGCAACUUCCAAACGCUUCUUGUUGUGCAGCCCCCAAGUAGUGGUGGUAGCGUCGAGCCAGAAGAAGAGUUCUUGACCGAAGCCCACGGCGGGGAAAAUGCAAACAAGUGGCAAGACUUCAGUACUUAUGCUCUAGUUAUUGAAUGCCAAUUGGAGGCAAAGGGUGUUCAUUUGCGUUUAGGAUUCGACUCAACACUAGUUUCGGAGACGAAAAUGGCACACGUUGCUGCCAACUUGGAGACGGUUAUUCGCCAAUUGUCUGACCCGCGGGUAAGGAGGCAGACAUUGCGGAACGUAUUUCGUGAAACACUCACUCCUUUUGGUCUAGAUCAAAUCUGGGCCUGGAAUAGAGUUGUGCCAGAGCCUACAGAACUGUGUGUUCACGACUUGAUUACACAGAGAACCUUGGAGGACUCGUCUGCCCCCGCCAUUUGUGCAUGGGACGGCCAUCUUACCUAUGGCCAGUUGGCUGAAUUUUCCGAGAAUUUAGCACAGAGACUAGCCAGUCUCAAUGUUCGCGGCUGCCUCAUCCCGUUAUACUUUGAAAAGUCCAUGUGGAUGCCUGUAGCCGCGGUAGCUGUCAUGAAAGCCGGCGCCGGUGUUGUCGCUGUGGACAUGAAGCUACCAGAGGAAAGAAUACGCUCGUUAAUCUCACAACUCGGGUCUCCGGUGGCGCUAUCAUCUGCCGAAAACCAAGACUUGGUAAGAAAGAUAGCUGGCAGCGGCGACGUGUUGAUCGUUGGCCCCGGACAACAAUGCCUCGAACCUUUACAUUUGCCCACAAAGUUGCCCCUGGUACAACCGUCCGACACCGUGUACACGGUAUUCACAUCUGGUAGUACUGGUACACCUAAAGGUGCGAUGGUGUCACACGGCAACUUCUGUUCAGCUAUCACGCACCAGCAAAGGCGCUUGAUGUUCUCCCGCAGCUCUAGGGUGCUUGAUUUCUCAUCGUAUGCUUUUGAUGCAUCAUGGUGCAACAUAAUCCAUGCCUUGACGAGUGGAGGCUGUCUGUGCAUACCCUCGGCCUAUGAGAGAGAGAAUCAAUUGGCUGAGUGCUUCAAAAAGUACAAUGUGACCACGGUAGAUCUGACGCCAUCUGUUGCACGUAUGCUGGGACCAAAGGUGCUGUCCGAUCUAAGUACCCUUAUCCUGGGCGGCGAAGCCGUCGUCCCUACUGAUGCUUCUCUGGCUGGAGACAAGACUGCCGUCAUCAACGUAUAUGGGCCAGCCGAAUGCACACCUACUGUUACUUUAUCUGAAGUCUCUGCCGAAGGAAUUACCAUCGGUCGGGGCGCCGGGGUUUGUACCUGGGUGAUCGACGUGAAUAACUCGCAAUUCUUGGCACCUCUUGGUGAAAUUGGAGAGCUCUGGGUUGAAGGGCCGCUUGUUGGCCAAGGAUAUCUUGCAAAUCCUGACAAAACAGCGACAGUAUUUGUUAAAGACCCGGCUUGGCUUUCCAGAGGAGCCCCCGGCCACCCCGGACGGACUGGCCAUGUAUACCGAACUGGUGACCUCGUGCGAUACACGAGUUCUGGUGAACUCAUCUUCGUGGGUCGCAAAGAUACACAGGUCAAGAUACGAGGACAGCGUGUGGAGUUGGAAGAUCUCGAGCACCACAUUGCAAGUAGUAUGGAUUCGGUUAAAAGCAACGACAUCAAGACCUUGACUGUAGUUGCAGAGACGAUUCGACCAAAACAAGCCUCGAGCGCCGUCUUGGUAGCAUUUGUUGCACUCGAAGGCUCCGAAGCCGAGUUGACUGAUGAACAGCAUCGAAUGCUAGUCCAAAGUCUUGUCCAAGUAAGCAAUGAUCGCUUGCAGGAAAAAAUUCCAAUAUACAUGGUACCGGCUUCCUAUAUACCAAUACGGAAAAUUCCCAUGACCCCAAGCGGCAAAACAAACAGACAGCAGCUUCGAGACAUUGCAGAGUCAGCUUGGAAAGAGUACAGAAAAAUGCCCGACAAGACUGCCACCCAGGAAAUACUGACUGAUGUUGAGAAGCUGCUUCAGCAAAUUUGGAUGGCGGUCCUUAAUUUGUCUGCUCAAGAGGUUUCAGUUAACAAGGCUUUCACGAGAAUAGGCGGCGAUUCCAUUUCGGCAAUGCAAGUUGUUGCUCAAUGCAGACAGCAUAACAUUUCCAUUACCGUUGCAGAUAUUCUACAGUCAGGAACCAUAAGGCAAUUGGCGUCACAUUGCAAGUCUAUCUCGCGCCAUUCAAUGCCCGAUGACGAUGAAGGCGUCGACGAGGAGGGCUCUGAGCCAUUCGACCUCUCACCUAUCCAACAACUAUUCUUUGACGCGUAUCCAACUGGACUCAACCACUUCAAUCAAACUUUUGUGCUAGAGCUGGGAUCACUGGUUCCUGGAGCACGAUUUUUUGCCGCCGUCAAGGACCUUGUUGAUCGCCAUGCCAUCCUUCGGAACCGUUUCCACCGCCCAGCCGCGGGCGCAGCGUGGAAGCAGAGCAUAGCUCCCAAAGGUCCAUCCUCCUUUGCUUUCGUGGAACAUCAUGUUUCGAAUCGGGAUGAGGUCAUGCUUUUGUCGCAAUGGAGACAGGAACAUCUCGACAUUGAGAAUGGCCCAGUGUUUGCUUGCGACCUCUUCAACAUUGCUGGGGACGUUCAGCUUGUUACCCUCUCGGCACACCACCUCGUCGUUGAUCUCGUCUCGUGGAGAAUUAUCUGGGGCGAUAUUGAAGAUCACAUCAGGCACGGGAACCUGAUCUCGACCCCAUCGACGUCGUGGAAAUCAUGGCUAAGGCGUCAAAUUAGGGCCAACCGUCAUGCCUCUCCGAUUUCAGUGCUGCCAUACAGCGUUCCGCUUCCGGAUCUGGAAUUCUGGGGACUUCCCUUGGGUGAGAACACAUUCGGCAACUGUACCCUAAUCACGGAGGAAUUCGAGUCAUCCGUUACCAAUGCGAUAUUUGGAGAUGCCAACGAAUGCCUGCGAACGGAGCCUGUGGACAUUUUGCUAGGUGCCAUGGCGCACUCAUUUCACCGAAUUUUCCCGGAAAGAUGCUUACCCACUAUUUGGCUCGAAGGACACGGUCGUGAGUACUCGCAGAAUCUCCCUGUCGAUAUUUCAGGAACGGUAGGGUGGUUCACGACUCUCCACCCUGUUCCUAUCCCCGUGAAGCCCGGUGACUCCGUUAUAGAAGCUAUCAGGUUUGCCAAAGAUAUCAGGAGAAAGGUCCCUGGAAAGGGUCAGCCUUACUUUGCCUGCCGGUUCUACAGUGAAUCUGGUCGCGAGGCCGCCAAAGGACAAGACAUCACAGAGGUCACCUUUAAUUUCACCGGCAGAUUUCAACAGCUUGAAGCUGAAGAAGGAUUGUUCAAACGCCCUGAGCAUCUUGGCGAUAGUGAUUACGACAUGGUUGAUGUAUCACCGACAGCUCACCGUCUUACCAUGAUUGAAAUCACCGCCGAUGUGGAAGACGACUGGCUCAUGGUAUCGUUCCAAGUUCAUCAAAACAUGAGACACCAAGAACGAUUGCAAAGAUGGGCCCAGGAGUUUGGAACAUCUGUACGGAGCGCCGUCACCGAACUGUCCAAAUCGCGUGCCAGCUUCACUCUUAGUGACCUUCCGCUGCUACCAAUGUCAUAUGGUGCUCUAGACGCCUUGCUUUGCCAUCAGCUUCCCAGUUUAGGAAUACAGGCUGAGAAUGUGGUUGAUAUUUUGCCCUGCUCACCACUCCAGCAGGGCAUUCUACUGAGCUCAGAGAAGGAAUCUGCCUCGUAUGCAACUUGUUCAACUUGGCGCUGCUUGGCUACCGAGGGAAUGGCGACAACGAUUGAGCCCGAGAGACUACGAACCGCGUGGACCAGAUUGGUACAGAGACAUCCGAUUCUGUCUACUGUUUUCGCUUUACAUCCAGAAGGAGAUGGUUUCAUUCAGAUUAUUCUGAAGAACGCCAACGUCCAGGCCAAGUUUGUUAAGUCUGGCUCACAAGCCCCCGACGCCAUGCUGAAUACUCUUCAACGGCCGCAUUUUGAGGCCCAUGAGCCCCAGCACGUAUUUUUCGUCUGCCAAUCUGACAACGGGGACGUUGCUUGCAGGUUAGACAUCAGCCACGCCCUCAUGGACGCGGCUUCCAUGUCGGUCAUCUUGCAAGAGUUGAUCAACUUGUAUGACGGCAUUGUGCCUGCUCCAGUGCCGCCAUUUAGACGUGUCAUGAGCCAUAUUUGCAGCAUUCCCCGUGCCCAGCGUAUUUCCCCAUGGGUUUCUAUGCUUACUGGAGUGACUCCUUGUGAAUUCCCGCUGGCAAUUCACACCGCCUCCGCAGGUGAUGAGCGCCAUGGCGACAUCCCCGUGCCGCCUUUGGAAUUGGCCGAGGUCUCUAGACUGUGUAUGAAUCUCGGCAUCACUCGUGCUGUUUUCUUCCAGGUUGCCUGGGCCAUGGUCCUUGCAACUUUUACCGGAAUGGAUGAGGUUUGCUUCGGCUACUUGGCCUCGGGCCGGGAUGCUCCUAUAGAUGGCAUUGAAGGGAUCGUGGGACCGCUGGCAAAUUUACUCAUCAGCCGCAUUGAUUUGAGAGAUUCGCCUCGCAGCGUCUUGGAGUCUGUGUCCACCAGGUCGAUACAGCAUUUGGCCAUGCAAUAUGCAUCACUGGCCGAGAUCCAGCACGAAUUGGGUAUUUCAGGCAAGAAAUUGUUCAACACAUCUUUGUCCAUCAGGGAGUCGGAUAAGCUAAAGAGCUAUGAAAAGAGGAGCUUGUCAUUUGAGGCCAGUGCUGGAGAAGAUCCCCAUGAAUUUGACAUGGGCCUCAGCGCCAGCAUUGAUGGCAGCAACAUUGAUCUUGUUGUGGAGUAUCGCGAACCUUAUAUCCAACAAUCUGUUGCUGCUCAGGCAUGUGAUGUCUUGUCCAUGGCCGUGACUUACCUCCUUCAGGCCAAUUAUGACAAUCACUUACCCAAGGGCGAUGAUGGCUCAAUAACUGUGUCCUCGAAUGUCUCAGUCUUUGACGGUUUCUACAAACAGAUUGUUGGAACUGAUGAAGUCACAACCACCGCCUUUUGGAGAGAGCAGUUUCAAGGAACUACGAGCAGUCAUUUCCCGUCACCGCCAGGAGUCCAGCGACCACGAACCUACAAAGAGGUUUCGCUCUUCCAAAAAGGCGGCCUCCACCUCGACAGUGACAUUGAGUCUCGUACUUAUAUUCAAGCAGCUUGGGCCAUUGUUGCAGCAAGAAUGCUGGAUUCCACAGAGGCAAUAUUUGGUCUCGCAUCUGAGGAGCACUCCCUACUACCGGUUCGUAUCCCAAUCGCCUGGACCGGCAAUGUGAACAAUCUCCUCCAGUUUAUUCAGAAACAGGGAAAAGAUAUGGAUGUUUUCAAAAGAACCGGACUGCAACGAAUCCGCCGCAUUAGUGCUGAAGCUUCUCUGGCAUGCGACUUCCAGAGCGUUCUCUCCGUCAAUAACGAUGAUGCUCAGCAAGUGCAGUCGGGCGACUAUGCCAUAUUUUUGAAGUAUAUCAAGACACAGUUGGGGUCUUGCGUUAGCAUUAAAUUUGAUUGCAGCACACUGUCCGAGAACGAGGUCACACGGCUGUUUUAUCAAUUCGAGCAUGUGCAUCAGCAACUUCUCAGCCCGGCAGCAAGAGAACUCAGGGUGCAGGAUGUGUCAAUGACGAGCAGCAGAGACCUCCAGGAUAUUUGGACUUGGAACGCAAAGCUUCCCGAAGCUGUGUCCGACAACAUGCCUCGCAUGAUCCGUGAGACUGUCCACCGACGACCUUGCGCCACUGCUAUACAUGCAUGGGACGGGUCCCUAAGCUACCAACAGCUUGACGACUUGUCUACUACUCUGGCCUAUCAUUUGAGAAAGGUUGGGGUCGAAAAGGGGGACAUGAUUCCGCUGUGCUUUGAGAAAUCCAUGUGGAUGCCAGUAUCUGCAUUGGCCAUCAUGAAGACUGGUGCUGCGUGUGUUGCUACAGAUCCGUCCAACCAGCCAGAGGAGCGUCUACGAGGCAUGACGGCACAGAUUGAAGCAAAGACAAUCUUGGCCUCUGUGGCCUAUACCGACAUGGCCAAAAGGCUAGGCGCUGACAAGGUCAUAUCAGUGGAUCUUGAACGACUAUUCGAGUUCGCCUUGUCUUUGGACCACGAACCCAGCCUUCCGGAAAUCGAUGCCUCGGAUAUUCUGUAUAUAAUAUUUACAUCCGGCACCACGGGCGUGCCCAAGGGUGCCAUGGUCACGCAUGGGAAUUACUGCAGCGCAAUUGUUCACCAAAGAGAGUUGCUUGGCUUCGAAAGCAACUCGCGCGUUCUGGACUUUUCAUCGUAUGCGUUCGAUGUGGUAUGGUCUAAUAUGCUGAAUACCCUGACGGCAGGCGGAUGCUUGUGCAUACCAUCAGCGGAAGAGCGGCAAGACAGCAUUUCGGGCUGCUUGGAAAAGUACCAAGCUACAGUGGCGGAUUUCACACCAUCCGUCUUGCGCAAUAUCGAGCCAAAGACGGCCCUCACGCAGCUGUCCACGAUGCUUCUAGGUGGCGAGGUUGUCCUACCCAGCGACGCACAAUAUGUACGUGAGGGGGCACGCGUAGUCAGUGCAUACGGACCGGCAGAGUGCACGCCAACCAGCCUCAUAUUGCCCUUGACUUGUCACAGCGACGGUGGCUUGGGUCUUGCAUCCGGGCUAUGCACCUGGGUUGUUGAUGCGGAUCAUCCUGACAGAUUGGCGCCCAUUGGGACAGUAGGCGAGCUUUGGCUGGAGGGAGCCCUCGUCGGAGCAGGGUACGUCAACAACCCGGCGAAAACAAAGGCAGCUUACGUCCAAGAUCCCGAAUGGCUUCUUCGCGGCGUUCCUGGCAAGCGGCCUGGCCGCCGCGGCCGAGCGUACCGCACGGGAGAUCUGGUGCAAUACCGCGAGGACGGCAGUCUCGUAUUCAAGGGCCGAAAAGACACGCAGGUCAAGAUUCGCGGACAGCGAGUAGAGCUGGAGGAAGUCGAGCAUUAUGUGCAAGAUGCGGUUUCUACUGCAGCGCAAGGCAACAUGGUCACAGUUGUAGCUGAGACAAUCCGGCCAAAGGGCAGCCACGGAAUCAUGUUGGUGGCAUUUGUUUGUUUGGGUUCCGGGGACGAAGUGAGCGAUCAAGACUACGAACAGGCAAUACGAGGUGCAACGCGUGGUGUCGCAGGAGAAUUGGGCGAGCGGCUACCGCCAUUCAUGAUCCCGAGCGUGUACAUUCCGGUUCGAAACAUUCCCAUGACGCCGACGGGGAAGACUGACCGUCGGCACUUGCGCAGCUACGGGUCUUCUCUGACGUUGACGGAUAUCGCCGCGUUGAGUCGCACUGAGGGCGAGCGCAGGGCGCCGACGACUGAUUCCGAAAAGUUGAUGCAGGGACUUUGGGCUGAAGUGCUCAACAUGGAGCCUGGCAAUAUCAGCAUCGACGACAGUUUCUUCCGCAUCGGGGGUGAUUCCAUCGGGGCGAUGAAGCUAGUUGGUUUGGCACGCAAGACUGGCUUGCCACUUGCUGUCAAGGAUGUGUUCAAGUAUCCGGUUAUGCGGGAUCUGUGUACCCUUUUGUAUUAG